AUGAAGAAGACUCCAACUAUUAAACGAAAAUGGCGCCAAGGUUUCGAAGGCUUAGAGCAGUUAGAUUUGAAAUUGAGCAAGAGAGAGAGAUGUUAUGCGACAGCAAUCUGCAACACACAGACGGGAAUUCUCAAUUCGACAAUUAUCGGUGAAGAAGAACCGGCAGAGACAACAACAAGGUUUUCUGAGCAGCGAUGGCAAAGUGUACGGGUGCUGGCAUUUUGUAUGGUGUUCAGAACAGGGCAACCAGAACAACGCGUUCCAGAAGCACAACAACGCCGGCGCCGACGACUGUCACCAUUUCGAAAAAUAACAUCUGGGACAGGUACCAUCACAAUGCCCGUUCGUUUUUAUUUUCACCGGAAAUAUUUAAUCCUUGACCCUUGCAGGUUCACUGUAAGCCAAAAUUCUAAGGUUUCUUCAAAGUAUAUUCCAUUUUGGAAACGCCUUCUGUCGACGACGAUCACUCCUUCCACACCUAAUGAGGAGAUUCCAGAGGCGUCCCUGGAAAUUGAGGUAGAACCCGAAAUCGGUGAGGAGGCGAAAUCGGUUGUUGAUGUGAAAGAGUUUCCGAAAGAGAUGACCAUUCCACAGGAAGAAAUCACGUCUACGGAACGUCCUGCGCAGGAAACAAACCGCCAAACGGAAGUUCCUCAAGUAACACAGUCCUUCACAUCAAGAGAGCGACACACAUUCAAACCACUGCCGAUGACCGUCCCUCCGGCUGCGGGUCCUGAGCUCGCUUUCCAGAAGGCAAGCGGAAGAGGACCAGGAUUCUGGAAUCGAUUCCAACCGAAUCGAUGGUUCGAGUCGAUACACUACGUCACGAAUACAGGG